AUGGCGGAUGAAGUGACGUUGUAUGCAGAUGGACGAAGUCCUUUUGUUUGCCGCGUGAAAAUUGCUUUAAAUAUGAAGGGAAUCAAAUACAAAAACAUGGAAGAAGAUCUCCAAAACAAGAGUGGCGCCCUUCUCAACUACAAUCCUGUACAUAAAAAAGUACCUGUGUUGGUGCACAACGGAAAUCCGAUCUUGGAGUCUUUAGUGAUCGUUGAGUACUUAGACAAUGUCUGGGAACGGGUUCCCAUUUUGCCUCAGGAUCCUUAUGAGAAGGCUGCCGCUCGAUUCUGGGCGAAAUUUAUUGAUGAUAAGUGUAUUCCUGCAUUAUACAAGGUUUUUAGCAGCAAAGGUGAGGAGGAGCAGGUUAUUACAGAAGCUUGUGAGCAGUUGCAAAUAUUAGAGGAUGAACUCGAACUCAAAGGCAAGAAGUUCUUUGGAGGUGAUAACAUCAACCUGGUUGAUAUUGCUGCUGAUUUUAUAGCCUACUGGCUUCAACUAUUGGAAGAAGCAACCGAAAUGAAACUUGUGACAAGAAGCAAGUUUCCAAAAAUAACCGAAUGGGCUGAGGGGUUUGUCAAUUGUCAAGUUGUCAAGGAGAUGUUGCCUCCAAGAGCCAUCAUGCUUGCCUACUACAAGAAUCGAUUUGGGAAGAUCUAG